GGAUGGCCUCUUCCCUCCUCCAUGAAGCCCUAUCACAGAUACUUCCCAGCUCUGGUGUGACACUGGCCCCAUGCUGAUAGGUCUCUGCACAUUUUAGUUCUGGCUAUAAGCUUAUUCAUAACUGGGGUGGGCAGAUAGGAUUUGAGGAUGAGUGGGGUUUGGCUGCAUCCACUUGCAUCUCUAGUCAUGAAUAGCAGGGAAGAGGCGGGGCUCAUGUGUAAUGUAGCAUCAGGGGGAGGAAUCGCUUAUGUAACUGGGACAACAGAUUUAGCAGGUAGAGGAGGCAGAGGCUUUGGAUGGGAACAGUAAGCUGUCGGCAGGGGCAACAUGCCCGGGUGGUUGCUUCUCAUAAGCAGGGUGGCAACAUCCAGGGUCCCUGGGUCCGAGGCUGGAAGAGCCUCUGGUCAGGUGUGGGAACUACCAGGUCAGGUCUGGAAGAGCUGUGGGGACUACGGGGGCAUCAGUGCCUACACCAGGAGCCCCUGGAGCCGACCCCGUUGCUAAUAGAGAAGCCUCUGUCUGAGUGGCCAGUGCCUCAGUUCGUCAACCUUUUUCUGCCGGAGUUUCCCAUUAGGCCUCUUACAGGGCAUCACCAGCUGAAGAUUUUAGGACUUGUGGCUAAAGGCUCCUUUGGAACAGUCUUCAAGGUGCUAGAUUGUGACCAGAAAGCAGUAUUUGCAGUGAAGGUGGUGUCCAAGGUAAAGGUCCUACAGAGGGACAUCCUGAGGCAGUGCAAAGAGGAGGUUAGCAUCCAGCGACAGAUCAACCAUCCUUUUGUACACGGUUUGGGGGACAGCUGGCAGGGAAAACGACACCUCUUCAUUAUGUGCAGCUACUGCAGUACAGAUCUGUGCUCCCUGUGGUCCUCUGUUGGCUGCUUGACUGAGGCUUCCAUCCGCCUCUUUGCUGCUGAACUGGUUCUGGUGCUGUGCUAUCUCCAUGAUUUGGGCAUCAUCCACCGAGAUGUGAAGAUGGAGAAUAUCCUUCUGGAUGAACGAGGCCAUGUGAAACUGACAGACUUUGGUUUGUCCCGCCAUCUGCCCCAGGGAGCCCGAGCCUAUACUAUCUGUGGCACCCUUCAGUACAUGGCCCCAGAGGUCCUGAGUGGAGGGCCUUACAACCAUGCUGCUGACUGGUGGUCCCUGGGUGUCUUGCUUUUCUGUCUGGCAACUGGGAAGUUCCCAGUGGCUGCAGAGAGGGAUCAUGUGGCCAUGUUGGCAAGUGUGACACACUAUGAUUCUGAGGUCCCAGCUUCUCUUAACCAGGGGCUCUCACUCCUGCUCCAUGAGCUCUUAUGCCAGAAUCCCCUCCACCGUCUACGUUAUUUGCAUCACUUCCAGGUCCACCCUUUCUUUCGGGGUGUGGCCUUUGACCCAGAGCUCCUACAGAAGCAGCCAGUGAACUUUGUCAUGGAGACACAAGCUACCCAGCCCAGUCCAUCGGAGUCCAUGCUUUUCAAGAACUUUGACUGUAACCUGGAGUCCUACCUGGUCCAUCCCAGCCUUGCUUGAGCCCCUCUACUGUAGAUCGGGGCCUGAGAACCCAAGGAUCUCCUCCACUGCCAACUCAGUAUGACCACUUUGAUGAUCUAGUUUGUUUUUACUCUGUAGCCUCUUACUAUUCUGUUCUUCUAGUUGUUGGACCAGAGUUCAAAUCUUGCGCAUUCUGCUAUUGGCAGCCACAAUUGGCCCUACCCCUCCCUACUCCCUAAUACAACUCACCUCUCAAUUCAACAUCUCGGAUCAGUGUUGACCUUUUCCUUCGCUGCAUUUCUCCAAUGCUCAUACCCUGAAGCUUUCAACCAGAGGCUUAUUCUACUUUUCCCUUUCCUUGUUUCUCUGCCGUAUUUCCUUUCUUGAGAAGUAACACUUCAUGGAGUCUCAAGGUGCUGUUUAUGUGUUUUAUAGGUUUCUCAGAAGUAGUAUGAAUGUUUUUCAAAAGUCUCAAAAGCUGGCAUUUUAACCCCUAAAUAUGUAGCUAAAACAUGUGAUCUGGGGGCUCAAAGCCAGUCUGUGAUAAAUCUAAUGUUUAAAAAUUUCAAAAGUGAAUCUAAUAGCCUAAAUGUGAGGAAUAAGAACUGAAAUAUGGAUGGGUUAAAUGUCUUUUCUAGGGCUAAUUGGAACAGCUAUUGAAUUUUUUUUCCAAAACAAAGUCUCCUCGGAAGACACAAGGAUUAUUAAACUGAGUAUUUCCCUAGAUGACCUGGGAUUCAGUUUCUGAUGGGGAAACCAAGGGAUUAAGAGGCAUGACAUCAGCCUUAAGAUCUAAGGUUAGAGAUGUAUUUCAAAAACCUUUUCCUUUUUAUUUUUUAAAUAUAUAUUUUUUAAUGUUUGCUUUUGAGAGAGAGACAGAGCGUGAGCAGG